UUAAAGGUUAGACAAAUUUUUCAUUGAAUAAGUCGGUCAAGUUUUGUGUGAUUGCAUUUUAGAAGACAGUUGAAAACGUGCUGCUGUGGAACAUGCGCGUGUUGUAUAGACUGACGUAUAUACUUAUUGAUGUGAGGCACCUAUAUAUAAAGGGGAAAGGAUAUAUCAUUUGUGACCUUAUAAUCGAAAAUGGGGGAUUUUCGAUUGAUCGUAUUGUCAAAACGAAAGCGGAUAAUGUACAGCUGACAGCUCUGAUUUGAUGGCUUCACUCCCUCUCUAUAAUCGGCGUAGUUUUGAAGGCAUAUAUAUACGCCAUAUAGGCUUACACGUACUUAAUUGAUUUCCUAUUGUCGUAUAAUAGAUAACAUCUUAGACUGUAAACGAGUUCUCUUUUUCAACGUAUAAUUUACAUAUUUAAAAUGGGACAUCAAACGCAUCAGCUGCUAGUGAUGGAUAUUGGCUUUCUUAAUUUCAUAUACUUUGUUUACAAAAAGGAUAUGUUACGUUAAAGAGUGUGCAGGAAAGAAUAAUGGAUAAAUAAGAGCCUCACACACACAUAUGUUAUGUGCUAUUGGAUGUAAUAAUAGCAGCUCUAUUUAAAAAAAACAACUCUAUUCGUAAAGCAAACAGAGGUGAUGUAUUAUGUAUAGUCUAAAACAGAGAAAAAUGUUUCUUUUCCUCGCCCUUUAUUCUGCACAUCAAAACGGCGUUUGGCAUUUGUGUGUGAACGUGUGUAAAAAAAUAAAAUAAUUAUUAAAGCCGACUAGAUUUAUUCAUAGCGAGAAUUGCAGUGAUUUACGGACAUCUAUUCAAAACGAUUUGCAUUUAGCGUCGAUGUUUGCAUUAAAAAAACCGUGUUUUGUGUGCUGUGUUUGGGUUUUCAUUAUUGAAGGCCUCUAUUUAAAUACAAAGGCUCUUCCAGUAUAUAGCCCCUGAUGUGUCUGCUGCUGUAUUAUACAGAGAAAGAGGGGGAAAAAAGUGUCGAACAAAAGACUGUACUUCCCUUUUUGAAAUAUGGAGUGAAAUUAAUGGACUCCAUAGGCGUGGCCGUCAGCUAUUUGGCGGAUGGAUGAACCGCUACAAUCAAAAAAUUCUGUAAAGUCUUAUACUUUUAUAGCUAUAUAGGCUGAUAAUAUGUCUAUAUCAAUAUUUAAGACUAUGUAUUACAUAUAAAAGGGAAUUACAUUUAGAAAAUCAUUUCUUAUUGUUGUGGAUGAACCGUAUCGUAUUGUUGCACAUUAGCAAAACAGGGGACGGCAUUAUUCAUGCGGUUUAUUAUUGCUGGUCUAUUAACCGCAUUAAAGGGCGUGGUCGCGUUUGUCCCGUUUGAUGUAUGACGUGUACAGCCUUCGUGUCUAUCGAAUGGGUUUUAAAUAAAAAAAUAAAAUUAAGUAAGUGACCUUUUUAUUUUAUCGAACGGCGUCUCUCUCCCUCCGUUCAAUAUAAAAACUAUCGGCAACACAAAAACGUGCUGCUGGAUUUCAAAAGGUUUAUAUAUUACACACAAUCAUUCACGCCAUUAUUCUUUUACCAUGUCCUAUACAAGAAGCGGCCACAAGAGCAGCACUACACGAUAUACGAUAAUUAUUUUAAGUGAAAAUGGUUAUAUCGUCUAUAUAUAAAUCGACGGAUAAAACGCCCUAUGUCAAAAUGUAAUAAGAAAUUUCGCGCUCCAUUUGCUUUUGUCGUUAGAACUGACGCCCUCUUUUUUAUUUAUUUUUUAUUUCCUAAAUAAAUAACUCAGUGUCGAUACAAAGAGAAAUGGUGCAGCAGGAGGUGCUGAUGUGUGUAAUACCCUUCACAAAAAAAAAAUAUUUCGGGGCAAAGUUGUGUGCAAAAGGCGAUUCUGCAUUGGGUUGGAAUCGAUUGAUUGCAGUAUAGGCCUCGGACGUGCCUACAAUUUCUGUUGCGAUUCGAUUAUUCGCGCUGAGGAGGUGAACGACGAUGUGCGUAUAGUCUGCAUUCAUUAUGCAUAUGCAAAGUGGGCCCAUGGCUCCAAAGGCAGAGCGUUUCAAACGCUUUCAAAAAUUGGACGGCCACUGAUUUUUUGGGUGUUUCACACAUUCGCUGCUACAAGUCCAUCACAGCACGUCACCCUCAUCCGCUCAGCGUCGAAUUAAACGCCUUUCGUCUUUUGUGGAACACUUGUAUUAUAUAUAGUCUAACAAGUAGACGAUAACUAACACGCAAUUAUCAAUUCCCCUAAGUUCUCUUCGGCCUUUAAUUUAAAGCAGAUUGCCGUCGCGAACAGAACCAAACAAAUAUAACGACUUGUGUUAUACACAUGUUGGCAGUCUGUGUGUGUAUACGUCGUGCUGCGUGUAUACAAACAUUAGCGGAAGGAGGGGGGUAGACUAUGUGUCGAUAGGAUGUUAAAUGGUCGCCAUAUAUUUUGGGGGGCGUGCGCAGCAUUUUGCAUAUGAGUUGUAUACAUGUACAUCUAUAUAGUGCUGGAUGCCCUUAAAUGAUGUAUAUACAGAAGUUCACGUCUCGUACUUUGUGAGAUGAUUGAAUUCAACCAUCGAUUGUGCACGAUGAAAAGAGCUCGAACAAAAUUUAAAGUCUUUCUUCUUCGGUCCCUCCUCGACUCAACUGGAAGCUGAAAUCGCGAAAUUAAAUGAUGUAUACAUUUGUAUCUGAUGUUCAAUAGAAAAUAGGUUGACAUGUUCACUGAAGUAACUGGACACACCGAAGAAAAAUGUGAUCUAUAUGUUUCAAAGGCUUCUUUGUCUUUAUUACAUACAGACGUGACACUGUUGUCUGUAUAAUUAAAUUUCCCGGAAAUUUCAAAUUCAAGUGCCUCUGUGUCUUUAUAUACAAGAGGUGCAGCAAAUCUUGUUCGUAUGUAUGCACAACAAUGCGUCAACUAUACGUUGCAUAGGUAAUUGAAAGUGCUGUCACCUUAUAGAGCACAUUUCUAGCCUAACAUUUGUAUUUAACGUAAAUACGCUACGUGUCUAUACGUGUAUAUAUAGACCCACAAUAACACAGAGUGUGAAAAAUAUGUCUUUGCGCACCAAGUUUGCUGAAUAACGUUUUCCGAUGGAACGGUUGUUAUUGACCCAUUAGAACACAACAUUCGUGUGCGUGAUGGAUGUAUCCACAUGUCCCUCUAAUGUAGGGCUACGGCGAUUUUUCUACGUGCACACAUGAUUGACAUCAAAUAGCUAUCGGUGUGCUGCGUGAUUGAACUGUAACUCAAUCAAAGUGUAUAUAUAGUCCUCACAUUCUGAUGCUGGAUCUACGAUGAAGAGGAAAACAAUCUAUAUGUGCGUAUUAUAUACAAGGCAAAACAGUAGCUAUUACACAAUUCAUUUCUGUAAUGGCUCGUAUAUAGGCUACUAUACACAUCAGUUGCACGAGAGUUAGCCUACAACGGCUUGUUGUUUAGGUAAAUAGACAAACUUGAAUGACGUCAUCCGUUUCUAGAUUGUUCAUUUCGCUGCGAGUUUGGAACGUCGAGUUCAAAAGAUGUUUCAGAAAAAAAGGAAAAUAUGCUGGCGGCAUUUGUGUAUUAUCGUCCGAAAUAUAUGCACGUCAUUUUCGGUAUGAUAAUAAGGGCCUUCGUGCUGUAUGCGAGGAGAAGAAUAAAUUCAUCGAGCUUAUGUAUGCAUGUUCAAGAUGCACCGCAUUGUUAGCCCUCGCAGACGAAUAAGCUCUUUUUUUUCCCUUUAUUGUGUGUAAUCCAUAGAUCGUGUAGCGAAAAGAAGAAGGAAAACGACAAGAUGUCGAUGUAGUCGAAAUUCUACCCAUGCAUUUCGUUAUAGGCCUAUACCAUAUUAUACUUUAGUGAUUUUUGCUAGGCAGCAACAGGCGGUUCGAUCUCGUCAUUUGCAUGAAAAUUAAGAAAACAAUUCAAUCAUCGUAUACAUAUGUCUUCACUGAUGAGCUCACCGUAUAUAAAAAUCUACCGUAGAUAUAUACAGGGGCGUGUUUAGAUAACAAAGAGACGCAUCCGGAGCGCUGUCCAAAAUUAAUCUAUAACACACACAACAAUCGGUGACGAUUACACAAUAGACGAGGCUAAUGUUCAACAGUCUGUCGUAUAUUCACGCCGGUCUAUUUACGAAUCAAAUAUACACAACUGCCAAGCCUUUUGUUUUGCGAUAUGUCGAUCGUUCUCGUUCGUGAAGAGACAACGGUGUAUUGUUUUUCUAUAUAUACCCAGCACAAUAGGUCGUGAUGUACAGGCACAGCCUACGGCGAUCUAUAGUGGGCGUGAGAAAGUCAACAGCGUUUGGCAAUUAGGCGUGCCGUCAAUCACGUCGAGAACUCAUGCCCGUUUCACUUUGUACCCCGCGCAUCACGCGAAUUAAAACGUACUAUACAUGACUCAAUUCGAAUGCACGUCGCGAAUCGAGAGAACAUUCUGAUAUCGCUGAAUGUUAUCGAUUCAAAGAAGCUUCUGUCUCGCAUUUGAUUGGAUAUGUAUAGUCUUUCUAUAAUGACGAGUCGUAAUCGAUAUAGAUAUACGACUGCACAUCCAAAAAUAUAAGGGACAUAUAAAGAGAGAUCUAUUCUUUUCUGUAAUAUCUACUGGCCACGUCCCAAACGUGCGUCAUCUAUAUACGUUAACGGUCUCGUCUAUAUCUACAUCAACUAUACGGGAUGGAGAUCGAUUGACGGCCAGCACACAGCAGCCAUCCGUCAUGUUUGAACGGGCAAAAGAUGCUGUAUGCAUAUUGCUAUCCCGCAGCUAAAUAUUGCGUCAUGUAUGAAGCUUACAUACGUAACACUACACGUUGUGUGGAUAUACAGCAGAAACGGAAUCUUAACGUGAAUAUGACAUUGGAGUUCACAUUAUAUAGAUUCGUGAGAUGCAUCAAAAUCACGGGAUAAUGAAUCGCUUUGAAUCGAAUAUAGAACGGAGAAAUUAAGAUAGGCCUAUUACAUGAUGCCCUUCUGCAUUUUUAAUUAUUCAUAAUGUAUUAUACCUGUUGUGUAUGACAGGAUCCUAGUGCGCAGAAUCCCGACCAUUUUUCGGCACUGUCCCCUGUUUCUAGAGACCAUCCGCUGGUGGCCGGGUCAGUCGAGUUCCAGCUUGCGCGCCAACAUUAUAUGAUCUAUACCAUCGCUCGAUGUGUUCCACGCAGUUUUUAUAAGUUGUUAAAUUUUUUUUUUUUAAUCAAUUCUCAGAUGAAGGGAUUCAAUUGAAAAAUGACUUGGUUUGGCCAGGACUCUGGCGGACGCUUUUGAAUCGCCACAUGGACAUUGCCGUUGUUUCCAGCCCCGAGACGAGACACGCACGAAAUGGCGAUCGUUUUCAAAAUGCUGCCGACCUUCGUGAUGAUAUUGUGGAUGGCCACCGUUUUGCAGAGUCCAGUGACUGGCCAAUGGACUCAGAGAAAGACGGCCAUUUUGGAAGGUGACAUGACCAUCGGCUAUUUGUUUUCGAUGCACGAGCAACCCGAUCAGAAAUCAGCGCACAUGAGGACGUGCGGACGCAUUUGGGAAGAGUACGGCAUCCAGCGAGCCGAGGCCACGUUCCAGACCAUCGAGCGAAUCAACAAAGAUCCGACCAUCCUUCCGGGCAUCCGCCUGGGCGUGGAAAUUCGCGAUGAUUGCUGGUACGCUCCUGUAGCCCUGGAGCAGACGCUCGAAUUCAUCCGGGACGCUGUGGCCGCAUCGCCGGUCGCCGCCACAACCACGUCCAGCGGCAACAGCAAUUAUCAAACGGCGACAUCACCAGCGCCACCUGUGCAUCCGUCAGCUUGUUCCAAAAAGAACAAAGAAUCCUGUUCCACCAGCACAACGACAACGAACAAUAACAAACGUCGUAAAGUGUUGGUGGGCGUCAUCGGUCCAGGAUCCAGUGCCGUCAGCAUCCAGGUGCAGAAUCUCCUGCAAUUGUUCCACAUUCCGCAAAUCGGUUACAGCGCCACGUCGCGUGAUCUGAGCGACAAGAACCGGUUCGGCUAUUUCUUGCGGGUCGUGCCACCCGACGAACUGCAGGCCAUGGCCAUGUUGCAAAUCGUGCAGCGCUACAACUGGACCUACGUGUCGGCCGUCAGUACGGAGGGCAGUUACGGAGAGAGUGGAUUGCAAGUGUUCCGCGAAUACGCCGACCGCGAAGGCAUCUGCGUGGCCAAGGAGUAUUCCAUCCUGAGCAACGACGUCGACCACGAAUACGAUCGGCUAUUGAUGCGAAUCAUGGAAGAGCCUAAAGCUCGCGUCAUCGUUUGCUUCUGCGAAGGCGAGACGGUCAAUGCCAUCCUGAAAGCCAUCCGUCGAUUCAAUCAGACUGGACAUUUCCUAUUGGUGGGCAGCGAUGGAUGGGCUGACCGAUUAGACGUCGUGCAAGGCUACGAGGCCGAAGCGGAAGGAGGUAUAUCCAUUCGAAUCCAUUCGCCGCCAGUGGCUUCGUUCGAUCGCGAUUAUUUCGCUUUGAAACCGGACGCGGCCACGAGAGCGAGAAAUCCUUGGUUCCAGGAGUUCUGGGAGCAUCGCUUCGACUGCCUUUUACCCGACUCCAAUUCAUCUCCAAUGGCGGCCAAUCAUUCGUUGCGUCCACUUCAAGUGGCCGGAAACAAUAAGAAGUUAUGCACGGGAGAAGAGAGCCUCCGGGGCAGAUACAAACAAGACACUAAAAUGGGAUUCGUUAUCAAAGCGACGAUGGCCAUGGCCUGGGCGUUGCAUCACCUACAGCAGAGCGUGUGCGGAACAAACAGUUCGGGAAUGUGUCCAGACAUGUUGCCCAUCGACGGAUCUCUAUUGAGGGAUCAUUUGUUGAACGUCAGUUUCCCUUACGGCACGGAGACGGUCCAGUUUGACUCGAACGGCAAUCCGCCCGGUUGGUACGACAUAAUGAAUUACCAACGUCACGAGUUGAAUGUGUCAUCGAGCAAUCCUAGCGGCGUGCAGCAGCAACAGUACGGCUACGUCCAGAUCGGCAGCUGGAGAAAUGGCACGCUGGACAUGCCCGAUUGGCCAACUAAAAUGGUCACGUCCGUCUGUUCGGAGCCGUGUCAAAAGGGACAGAUCAAGAUCAUUCAAAAGGAGUUGAGCUGCUGUUGGCAAUGUGUGACGUGCGAUGCUCAUCAGCGCGUUCUCAACGAGACGGCCUGCCAGGAUUGCCAGUGGGGAUACUGGCCCGACUUGCAAACCAACGAGUGCAAAGAAAUCACGGCGGAAUUCGGCAAGUGGAGCGACGUCCAAUCGAUUGUGGCCGUCACGCUGUCGGUGGUGGGUCUGCUGGCCACGCUGGCCACGGCCGCCGUCUUCGCCUGGCACAACAACACGCCCGUCGUCAAGGCGUCGACGCGUGAAUUGACCUACAUCAUCCUGGUUGGCAUGGCGUUGUGCUACUUGACGACCUUCCCGCUGCUGGCCGUGCCGUCCAAGCUCAGCUGCACGCUGUCGCGCAUCCUGCCCGGCUUCAGUUUCUCGCUCAUCUUCGCCGCUCUGCUGACCAAGACGAACAGGAUCGCGCGCAUCUUGGCCGGCAGUAAGAAAAGAAUUUGCACGCGGAAAUCCCGCUGGCUGUCGCUCACCGCUCAGAUUUUAAUUACGAUGACGAUGAUUGGAGUAGAGCUGAUUUUGAUAGUGUCCAUGCUGAUUUUGGAACCUGCGGACGCCGUGAAAUUUUACCCGUCUCGGUCCCGCGUGUUGAUCAUCUGCGACACGACGACGCGCGGACUCAUAGCGCCGCUCGGAUUCGAUUUCUUCCUGAUCGGCAUGUGCACCGUCUACGCCGUCAAGACGCGCAAUCUACCGGAGAACUUCAACGAAGCCAAAUUCAUUGGAUUCGCCAUGUACACGACGUGCGUGAUUUGGGUGGCGUUCGUCCCCAUUUAUUUUAGCGGCAACGAAUCGAAGACAAUCACGCUGUGCAUGUGCGUCUCGCUGAGCGCCGUCGUCACGCUCGUCCUCCUCUUCGGUCCUAAAUUGUACAUCAUCAUCUUCAAACCGGAGAAGAACAACAGAUCGGCGUUCACCACGUCGGCAGAUUUGCGUAUUCACAUCGUCGGUGGGACGCAGAUGAAGUACAAUGCGAAUCAGUCGAGCGCGUUCAGCAGCUCGAGCAAUCACGCUACUCAAUCCACAAUUCGUGGCAGCUCAAUCACAAACCACGAUCAAAGCUGGGGAGAUGGACCACAUCGCGGGAAUGUCAGCCGCGUGACCUCUAAUCGCUUGACAAACGAUAGCACUAAAUCGAUCCAUCACGCUCUUCCGGCUGAUCAGCCGGCCGGUAAUACGAAUGGAGAUAGCAAAAGUAGGACUAACAUGACGUUCCUACGUCGGGCAUUUGGCAGUCAGUUGGACCUAGUUGCAGAUUCCAGUAGUUUGAAAAUGAGAAACAGUUCGAGGCCGCUACUGGAAGGCAAGCAACAGCUGCGUUCAGUUGAGGUCCAAACGGACGAUCUGUACCUCAUCACAUCCGCUUUUCCUCCGCAAUUAAGGAGGACGAAUGUAAGCGAAAGUAGCGACAGCGAGAACGAGCACGAUGCGCUGAUGGGUGGCCAGGUCAGCCCCAACAGUUGGCCUCAUCGUCGAUGGGCCAGCAUCACGGAGAAACAAGUGCCCGACGAAGAGGAUGCAGCCGACAUCAUCAUCAACCUGGGCUCUAAUAAGAGCAGCGUAUCCCUUGCUCACACCGCGCAGCAUUUAGCGACUCAGCCAUUGAACGAUUGUCCGGCCGUUGGGUUUCGACUGAGCCAAUCGGCCGCUUCGUCCAUCGUCCGGCUCGACGGAGACGCUUGGUCGGAUAGUAACGAAGCUUAUUACAGGCUCCAAUCACUGGGCAUCAUCGUUUGUAAGACUCCAAGCUCGACCGACAUCCUUUAACACAUUUUUUUUGUUCAUAUAUAUUUCAAGGAACAUCUUCCAUGACUGGUCAUUGUUUUCCCUCCCGGUUUCGUGUAACAGGCUCAAAUCAAUGAUGACGUUUUUUUGAAUUAAAAGAAUUACCAUUCCAAUCA